UCGUCAUAGAUAAGACACCAUCAAUAAAAUAGCAAUUUCCAGAGUGUAAAGCACUCAUCAUGUUUAUAACGGUCGUUUCCACAUUUUUCAAAUAAUUAAUUAACAAUAUUAUUAUUGCGGAAAGAUACGCUUUUUUUCGUCUUCUUCUUCCCAUUGAAACCCUUUCAAUGUCACUCACCAACUCAUUCUUCAUCUGAGACGCGCGCUCCUUCACUCCUUCAAUUCAUGGGUUGUUUUCUUGGUUGCUUUGGUUCCUCCAAACACAACCGCCACCAAGUGCUUCAAAGAGAUGCUAAUAGUAGCAAACCACACCAAUACAAUGUCCCUUUGGUUCAGGAUCACUCCAAAACCCUACUUAGUCCUUCACUAGAAUCACCACAACCCCAGGUUAAAACUGAGGAGGUACUCUUGUUCAAUAAAAAAACCGAGGAGGAACGUGGUUGCUGUAGGGAUAAUAUUGAGGAGGAAGUAAGUGUUACAGUUAGAAAGAAAGUAACUUUUGACUCCAAUGUGAAAACCUAUGAGUCUGUUUUGCCUGAAGAAGGUGGAAAAGAGGAGGCUUUGGCUGAACCAAAUCAUUCAAAGUCGUCUUCUUGUGAAGAUAGUAGUUCUGUGACUUCCACUUCAACUGGGUCUUACCCUCCUCAUCAUAGGUAUCAGAAUUGUAGGGAUAGUGAUGAUGAAGAAGAAGAAGUACUUGAUGAUUGGGCUAGUGAUCUUAGUGAUGAUGAGGAGGAGGAUGAUGGAGUUAGAGAAGAAGGUGAUGAAUUGGGUGUGGAGUUUGAAGAAGAUGGAAUGGGAUACUCCAAGUUGAGGGUAAGAGAUGAUAUUAUUGAUCAUGUGUUUACUGAGGAAGUGGAUAGCCCUAUUCCUACUUAUGAAAGGGAUGUGGAGUCAAUUGGAGUCAAUUUCAAUGCUAGAGACAGAAGUGUUUAUGUUCAUUCUGUGCUGAAUCCGGUUGAAAAUAUGGCUCAGUGGAAAGUUGUUAAAGCUAAAAGAACACCACGAUCAAGGCCUCAGAAAGAGAAUUUUGUUAGUUCCAACCAUGAAUCAGAGGUUUCAUUUGGUGUCAAGGAAAUUUUGGAGGCCGGCACACCAAAGAAGUUGAACCAGGAAAUCCCAGUUGAUGCUAGCCUAUCGAAUUGGUUGGGUUCAUCCGGGACGACUACACCUGUUAACAAGGCUUGUUUGUAUGCUGGUGGUGGUAUUGGUACUCCUGAUAGGAGCAUCUCACAACAAGGUUCAAAUUCAGUGAUAAGCCUUGAAGAUAGGCCUAUUUUAGGUGCUUUAACAAUGGAAGAGAUUAAGCAAUUUUCCGCUACGUCGUCCCCAAGGAAGUCACCUUGUAAGAGUCCAGAUGAGAUGCCGAUUAUAGGAACAGUUGGGUCCUAUUGGAAUGCUAAUGAGGGUUCUGGCUCACCUUCAUCCUUUAAAGGAAUUCCAAACACAACUAGCAAGUACAGAGAGGAUAAGAAGGUGAAUUGGCAUGCUACGCCAUUUGAGACAAGGCUAGAGAAAGCAUUGAAUAGAGAUGCUGCAGAAGCUGGUUCUACUUGUGUUCCUCAUGCAUUUUAGAAAAGUUUGCAAUACUGUGCAGGAUAGGUUUUUUUUGUUUAUAGCCAAAGUUAUGUUAAUUUUUAAGGUUUGAAGCCUUGACCUCAUUUUAUGUCCCUGCUCACCAACCGAGCUACUUGCUUAGGACACUACUCUAUUUGAGAAAAGGCUAUAGAAAACAUUGAAUAGAGGUGCUGCUACAGAAGUUGCUUCUACUUAUUCUCCUGUAUUUCGGAAAAGUUUGCAAUGGUGUGUUUAUUUGUGGGAAGUUGUGUUGAGAAUGCAUAUUUUGAUUUGUUUUUUAUGAAUGAUAUGAUGUAAUGUGUAAUUUUCUCUUGUAAUUAUACUUGGCUUUAAAGUUUAAUCUAUGAUGUGUCCCUUGAAUAACUUUUUUUCUCCCAA